CAACGAAAUGAGAAUAAAUUUUUCAUUUACCUGCAUAGAUAAGGAUAUUUUGGAACAGAAGAAUCGUCAGCUCUUGAGAUCACAAAAUAUCGAAUUGAAGGAUCUUGAGUUUCGAUUGAGAUCGUCAUACGCAUCAAAAGCGGCACUCGUUCAAUUAAAUGAACGCGAAGCAAAUAGAUUAGAGGACAAGUAUCAGGAAAAAGUUGCCAAUGAGAAAAAAAAUGUUUGGUACAAUAAUAACGAUUUUGAAAAAAAAUUAGAACUGGAUAAGAAAUAUGCCCUUAUCAAGUACAAAAAUGAAUUGUGCGAUCAACUGAUCAACAAUGAAAUGAUCCGUCAACAAAAUGACGAAGAAUAUCAAAGGGAACGUAAAAUAAUUGAACAAGUCAGCGAAAUAUUGCAUAAUGACGAUAUAAAAAUGGUUCAAGAAAAAUUAGAAAAAAUUGAACGGACCAAACAAGAAAGAGAUGCUUUUUUUAAGGCCAGAGAUAUGUGGAAAAGCAAAGAGCGAGAGGCGAUUCUCAACGAAUUCAAUAAAAAUGCCGAAAUUUUCCGACUCAAAAUGAUCGAGGAGAAUAAUCGUAUUCAACAGCGUAAGAGUAAAGUCAAUCAAAGAGAUAAAGGGUUGGACGAAAUAGCUAAAAAAAUUCUCGAUGACGAGGUCAAGAGAAAUGAAAAGCAGGCAAUAAUCGACGAAAUUAUUGCCGAAGAAGAAAAAUUAGAGGCGGAUAAUCAAAUGAAAAACCUCAGGAUUAAAAAAGAAAUCGUUAAAAGAGAGCUUCUCCAGGAUAUGGAGAGACAGAAAAGUCUUCUUAAGGAAAAUCGAGAAAAGGAAGAAAAAAUUGAUGCUGCUUUCGCUAAAUAUUUGAAAGAACAGUACGAAACAGAAUUGAAAAAUGAUCAGGAGAAGAAAGAGGAACGUAGAAAGAAGGCCAUCGAAUACGGCAAGGAAUUGAAAAAAAUGUGUGUGGAUCAACGUCUCGCUUACGCCGAGGAGAUAUUGCAGAGACAAAAAUCGUUGCAUAUCGAUACUGAAAUCGAAAAUCAAAGGCUGAAGGAAGUUUCUUCCGAAAAAUUGAAAAUUCUUCAAGAACAUGCUGAAAAUUUAAAAGGAUUUUUUAACGCUAAAGUAUAA